AUACAAGUAAUUUUUAAGACAGGAGUCAGAGAGAGUUGUGUGACGAAAUUUUCUCCUGAAUUGUUUUGUCAAAUUGUCCUCAUUGGGGAUUCUGGAGUAGGAAAAAGUAAUCUCCUAUCCCGAUUUACAAGAAAUGAAUUCAAUUUGGAGUCGAAGUCUACCAUCGGAGUCGAAUUUGCAACGCGCAGUAUACAAGUAGAUGGUAAAACCAUUAAAGCCCAAAUUUGGGAUACAGCUGGACAAGAGCGCUAUCGUGCGAUUACCUCUGCAUAUUACCGCGGAGCAGUUGGUGCACUACUCGUGUAUGAUAUUGCGAAACACCUGACGUAUGAAAAUGUAGAAAGAUGGUUACGAGAAUUACGGGACCAUGCCGAUCAGAAUAUUGUGAUCAUGUUAGUGGGAAAUAAGUCGGACUUAAGGCAUCUGCGUGCUGUUCCAACUGAUGAGGCUAAAGCGUUUGCUGAGAGGAACGGCUUGUCUUUCAUUGAAACAUCCGCUUUAGAUUCUACUAACGUUGAGACAGCGUUUCAAAACAUAUUAACAGAAAUAUACAGAAUCGUAUCGCAAAAACAGAUACGAGAUCCACCUGAAGGUGAUACAAUCCGGCCACAGAAUGUAGAACAAAUUGAAGUCAAACCAACGAUGAAUGCCGAGGGAAUGCGUAAGCAGUGCUGCCAGUGACUCACCUUGUUGCUUAAAAUGUGUGUACACGUAUAUACAGUAUGAAUAUCACGGAAGUACAGUUGGGGAUAAUAUCUAAUUUCUAAUGAAAACAAAUUUCAUUUAUGAUGCAGUAAAAAGUUUCUGGAAUGAUCAUUUGUAUAAUAGGAUAGAUUUAAUAUAAGAAAACUGUGGUUAGUUUAUUAUUAAUGUUAACUUGAUUGUAAAUU